AUGGCAUCUGAAUACGGCGAUGACGCUGACGGCGGCGUGGCAGCCGAAGUUACGCAACGAUAUGGUCGCUCAGCGCAGCCCGAAUCGCAGCAAGUUGUUGCAGUGCUGCAGGCAGUCACGGAUGUUAUUCGAAAUGAGGGUUUGCCGCUCAGUCCAACUAGCUACUUCGCCGCCAUCAUGUCGGCCCUAGAACAGCCUAGUACACAAGGUUCGCACCAGGUGGUAUUGGCUAUGUUAACGCUGUUGGCGGUGGUAAUGCCACGGCUGCCCAACCAUGUGCUGCGUGCCCGCUUUGUGGGUUGCUCGGAGCUGGUGGGUUCGCUGCUAGCCGCUCACCACGGCGACGCAGCAACAACAAAGGCGGCGCUGGGCUGCCUGGCGCAGGUUUUGGCAGCCGCGGAUCCGUCCGCUUGGAUAGCUGCAGUACCGGCCUUCAAUCAGAUGCUGGGCUUUGUUGCCGACGCGCGUCCCAAGGUUCGCAAGCGGGCGGUGGAGGGGCUUGUGGAGACCCUGGCGAGUCUGCAGAGGAGUCCGGCGCUGGGGGCAGCCAGCGAGCUGGUGCUCAAGGGUAUGUGGGCCUCCUUGUCGUUCCCUUGGAAAACCCCUUUCGCUUCUCCCAUUGCAGUUUGCCAGCGGGUGCUUCCAGGGCCAGCUGCCGCCGCACACGCCGCCGUCGCCGCGUCCAACAAGCAGCGGGCCGCGGCCGAGGAGGCCAUCACCACUGCGGUGGCGGAUGCGCUGCACCUGAUCGGGGCACUGAAGGGGGCGCUGCCGCUGCUGGCGCCGCCCACUGCCAAGGCUGUCUCUGACCUCCUUUUGAAGCUGUACGGCCUCCGUCAGCCCCUGCUGGACCGCCACGCCACGGAGGCCCUGGCGGCCCUGGCGGGAGCCUCGGGUCCCGGGGGAGUCGCCUCGACCCGCCUGCAGUCGGCCGGGGAGCUGUCCCACCUGAUCUCGGUGGUUACUGAUACGGAGUCGCUGUGGGUGGGCAGUGGCCGGGACCCGGGGUUGCUCACGGCGCUGGGAAGGCUGCUGGAGGCCGGGUUUUCCAAGUUGGCCGAGGCGGAUCCCGCGGCGUGUGCAGCGCGCCUGCCACGUGCCGUACACGCGCUGGUGCCGCAGCUGGUAGCGGAGCAGGAUGGCGUUCGGUACGGCACCUUUGAGGCUCUUCGCGGCCUGAUCUCGGACUGCCUCAACCCGCAAGUGGUUGCGGCCGCCAAGAUGCCUCGCGGGGUGGGGUCCGGCGCUGCUGGCGGCCCUACGCCGCUGUCCUCCCUGGUAUUGGCGGUCGCAGCGGCGCUAUCAGCUAGGUACCAGGAUGCAUGGGGCAUGGCGUUGCCGGUGGCUGGAGCUCUGGUGGAGAGGUUGGGUGAGCUGGGGGUGCCUGACGCCGCCGCACCGAUCCUGGAGUGUCUGGGGGCCAUAGUUGCGGGCGCAGAAGACGUCGCCGCUGCCGCCGCCGGUGCGGACGAGGGGGGUGCCGACGGUGGCGGCGAGGGCCGUCUGGGGGGGCCUGUGGAUGCUUCCCAUUCGCGCGCGGCGGAGGCGACGCUGGGUACGGCGAUUCGGGCGCUGGGUCCGGAGGUCGUGCUCCAGGUGCUCCCGCUGCAGAUCCUGGAGGGCUUGACGGGUACGGCAGAGCCGCGGACCUGGCUAUUGCCGCUGCUGCGGCGGCAUGUACGACAAGCUCGGCUGGGCUACUGGUUCAAGGAGCUGCUGCCCCUGGCCCAGUCCCUGGGUGGCCGGGCAGCUGCGCUGUCCGCUGCCGGGGGCGCACCCGCAGCCGCGCUGGCGCUCAAGUGCCGAACGUUGGAGCUGCAGAUCUGGCACUGCCUGCCCGCCUUUAUAAGUUGGGCCACCGACCUGCCGGACGUGUACGGCACCGUGGUCAACACUUUAGCUGCGGCCUUCAACAACCGCCCCGACCUGCACCCACCUAUUUGUCAGGCGCUGCAGAGGGCUUGUGCACAGGUACGGCACGUGCUCGUGGCUGACGGGCGCGGCCCGGAUUUGGUGGGUUAUGCUGAUCCAGCGGCUCACGGGCCUAGCGGCGCCGCCGCCGGCCGGGGUGGCGGCGGCGGCGAUGAUGAUGACGAUGAUGGCGGCGACGGUGACGCUGGAGAGGAACCCCCCGUGGCGGCGGUGCACGGCGGCGCGCCGCCGCCGGGGUACGGCGCUGCGGAGGCGGAGGCAGCAUUGACGGCGCUACGCGCCUUCAACAAGCAGUGGCUAUCGGUUUUGUGUAAGGCCUUUCUGAACUCAGAGCCCGAGGUUCGAGGGCCUUAUGCGGCCGCCAUUUCGGCCAUGUCAGCUGUGACGGAUGCGGGCGUGGUGGGCGGAUACUUCCGAUCUGCCCUCCAGAAGCUAUCCAAGAUCAUUCUGGACGAAGCUGCCCCGGUGCCGCCUGCUGACGUGGUCACGGACGGCGGCUCCGACCCGACGGACCGCCGCAACACCUUUUUGGAGCUGGCGUUGUGGCUCAGCUACGGCUUGCCGGACACCGCUGUGGAUGUGCUGUUCAAGGCCGUCAAGACAGCAGUAUCGUACGACCAGGCCUCCGUACAGAAGCGCGGAUUCAAGGUGUUGGCAGUGUUGGCAGAGGCGAGGGAGCCCUGGUUGCGGACCAACCUGGCGGAGGUGCUUAAGCAGCACUUGCUAGGCACCGGAGCGACCUCCACAUUGUCCGCAGCUCGCCGCUAUCGGUUGCGACUCAUUCGACCGGUCGUUGUGGCGUUGCAGCAGCCGGGAGUGGAGGUUCCGUCAGGGAUACUGGCAGCAGCGGCAGGGGGUGGUGGUGGUGAGGAUCAGGAUAUGGCGGGGGCGGACGAUGAUGACGACGACGAUGAUGAUGAUGAUGGCGAUGGCAAGAGGAAGAGGGCAAAGGCGGCUUCGCCGCUGGCGCAGCGGCGGCAGUUGGCGGCGUCGUUGAUUGCCGAGAUUGUCAUGUGCACUAAGGAGGCCAACAAAAAGACGCGCUCGGCCGCGUACGACUUGCUGGUUGGCCUGGCGCACGUGAUGGACGAGCAAGAUCCCGGCCGGAUCACGGGCAGCGAUGAUGAGGGCGAUGAUGACGCCAUGGAGCAGGACGGUGGCAGGGGAGGCAAGGGAGGGCUGUAUGAGUUCUUCACGAUGGUGAUGGCUGGUCUGGUGGCCUCCACCCCCCACAUGGUAUCCGCCACGGUGAUGGCCCUGGCUCGACUCACGUACGAGUUUGCGGCGGCCAUGCAGAACUUGGUGGCCUCGUUGCUGCCCCCGGUGCUGUCACUGCUGCGGGGCAAGGCAAGGGAGGUGGCCAAGGCGGUGCUGGGCUUCGUCAAGGUGUGCGCGAUGCGUCUUCCCGUGGAUCUGCUGCUGCCCCAUCUGAAGCCCAUCCUGGAGGGCAUGUUGGUGUGGGCGGAGGACUCGAAGAACAAGUUCAAGCUUAAGGUCCGUGUCAUCGUGGAGCGACUGGCUCGCCGUUGUGGCUUCGAUGCGGUGGCUGAGGCUAUGCCCCCCUCGGACGCCAAGCUGUUGGCGCACAUCCGCAAAGAGGCCGCCAAGAGACAGCGCCGGAAGCAUGAAGGAGGCGGCAGCGAGGCGGGCAGCGAGGCGGGCGACGAUGACCGGCGAUCUCGCCGCAGCGGUGCCAGCAGCGGCCGCAGCUCUAUGGCCCGCACCGCCCGGGGCUCUCAGUGGGGCCACACGGCCGUAUUCUCCUCCGAGGAAGGAGGAAGUGACGGCGGUGGCGGCAGAGGCGGAGGCGCAAAGAGUACCAAAAGCGGAGGGGGACGUGGCGGCGCGGCGUCAGUGGCGACGGGUCGCGGCGGCAGCGGUGUACGGCUGGCCAGCGGCAGCGGCGACCCGAUGGAUUUGCUGGAUGUGGGGGCAUCCCGCCAGCUGGUUCGCAGUGCGGCAGGUGCGCGGAAUGCAGGUGCAUCCGCCCGGGCUGGCGAUGACUUCAAACGCGACCCGGCCUCGGGCAAGAUCGUGAUCAAGGAUGAUGAUGAGGAUGGCGGAGAUGACGACCCGCUGGGACUGGGGCGCCGCGGCGGGAAGAAGCGCCGACGCGCCGGCGACGCCGACGGGUACGACAGUGACGACUCGGACUACGAUGACCUGAAGGGUGUUGCGGACCUCAAGUAUGCCCUGAAGAAGGCCGGGGACUCGCGAUCCGUGCGCUUCGCGGAGGCCGCCAAGUCGCUGGCUGGGGCCCGGUCCGCGGCGGCACGCAGCUCCGGCGGUCGCUCCUCCGCCAGCGCUGGCGGUCGGUCUGAGGGCGGCAGGUCCAGCGGGGCCCCUGGAGGGGGGCCUCGCGGGCGGCAGGACGGCAAGGGCGGCAAGGGCGCACACAGCGGCGAGAGGUUCAAGGCCAAGAAUGCAUCGGGAGAUGUUAAAGGCAAGGCCAAGGUGGAGCCAUACGCGUACUGGAGCCUGGACCGGCGCAUGCUCAACCGCCGCCGGGGCAAGCAGGCCGCCGCGUCGAGCAAGCUUACGUCCGUCAUUUCUGGUGCCAAGGCGGGUGCUGCCAAGGGCGCCAAGGCUAAGCGCCAAGCGGCCGCUGCACGGGAGGUGAAGCGGCAGCGUACUGGCCCGAACGACAUGGAGUAA